AUGGCAGCGCACGAGUCCCCGCACGGGCUCGAGCUGCUCACGCCACCGCCAGUCGCUUCGCCUCCUUCUACCCGCGUCGGCCUCACUGCUGCCACCCUCGUGUCCUCGUCGGACGGUCGCUACGUCUUCCAACGUCAGGGCCCAGUCGUGCGCGUGCUACAAGGGACAAGUGGUCGCGUGUUGCACGAAUGUGCCCGUCCCCACAACCUCAGUCCCGUCUCUGCUAUUGCUCCCCACCCGCUGAACGCUUUGCAACUCGUGGCCAGUUACGAAGAUGGCUACAUUUUAAUUUGGGAUUUUGUCGCCCAAACGAUACACCUGGCCACCGAUAAGGUCGGUGUACCCAUUUUAUGGAUGGCUACAAGUCGAUCAAGCCCGUCACACGUGGUGAUUGUCGUCAAAAGUCCGACGCGUCGAUGGCGCUGCAUGGCAUUCGACCUCGAGCACAAGGAACGGGGCCGCGUGUUUGUCGAGAGCGAUACAGCGUUCCAGACAGCAGCUCUCCAGAGCUACAGCUCGUCUCCAAGCGAAGCACAUGCGGCCCAAAAUACUGGAGACUAUCUCGUCCUUGCUGCUGGACGCAGCAUUUUUACGGGAUGGCUACAUUAUGAACCAAGUUCCACUGCACUCGUGACGCAGCAGUUUCAACACGUGCGGGACGUGACGUGCAUUGCCGUGAGUCCAGUGCACGUGGAGUUUUCCAUUGGGGACCGAGAGGGCCAGAUGUUUCGCUACGAUCAUCACGCGCUGCGAGCCAAACGGUCUGCUGCUAAACUGCAUUGGCAUUCCCAUGCCGUACACUGUCUGCAGUACUCGAGUGAUGGCCAGCACUUGCUCUCGGGGGGAGAAGAGUGUGUCUUGGUGACGUGGCAAUUGGAAACAGGUCGACGGUCGUAUUUGCCACGUCUGCCAGCUUCAGUGGAAGUUAUUGCACCCAAGAAGGAAGGAGGAGUGUACGUAGUCGGUCUUGCAGAUAACGUGGUGUUCCAGUACAACCCUGUGACUCGAGAACAGGAGUGGGAAGCGCGUGGAUUGGCUCGUGCUGGUGGCGCGGCUGUCGAUUCGCUCCCAAUGCGCCAGUUGGCAGUGGACCCGAUCUCGAAGGCGCUGGUGAUCAAUGGCUCGUUGGGCGCUGGCGUCUUGCAGUUCUACGAACCAUUUGCUGAUCGUGUGUUGCAGACGCUGGUGCUCUCGGAGCGUAACCAAGUCACACGCACGGACGACGAAGUCAUGCCGACAUUAGUGGCGUCGCACUCACGCUUUAGCUUUCGUGGUAGUGACCUCGUGACGCUUCAUGCGCCGACUACUGUACAAGAUGGCAAUGAGCAGGCUCUGCGCUUUUGGACGCGUCGUGUGGACGGGUCGUUUUUUGUCAAUACGUCGGUGGAUGCGCCUCAUGGUCGUGCUCGUGUUACGAGAGUGGCAUUUUCUCCUACUGCUGAAGGCGACUGCGUCGUGACUGCUGAUGAUCACGGUGAUUUUAAAGUGUGGCAGAAGGUGGCGGCCGAGGCUGGUGGUGUCUCGUGGCUUUGUCAAUCUGUUGUUCGCUUCCGCGAUGAACCAGUGACGGCCGUGAGUUUCGCGCGUGAUGGCUCGUUACUUGCCGUGGCUUAUGGCAAUAAGCUCACUUUGUGGGAUAUUGCUACGCACUCUUUGCGCCGUGUGCUUUGUUCGUCUGAUGGUCAGAAGAUCAAUCAGGUCAUGUUUCCCGGCGUCAAUUCGCCGUAUGUAGUUGUGAUGACGCAAACCCAAGUGCAAGUAUGGAGCCUGUUGUCGUUGUCGCUUUCGUGGCGCUACAAUGUACCAAAGAGUACUGCUGUGGCCGAGGAGGCACUGCAUGAGCGCUUUUUGAUCUGGAUGCCUGUGGAUGAGAAGAAAAGCAAGAAAACGUUGCUACUUGUGUUUGAUCCGCAAACUCCGGUGCCAACGUGUAUACGUGUCGUGGAUUUCGGCAGUAAGGUAUGGACCGCUGGCUUCCACCCGGGCACUGGUGACAUUGUUCUUGUUGAUGACAAGACCGGUAUCUGGAGACUAAAUGGAUUCGACGCCAACUCUGUGGAUGCAAAGCGCCGCAAACAGGCCUACAUUGCUGCCGUUGCAGCAAGUGUCGGGUCGAAGAAUCGCGAAGAGGAUGUGAAGGUCUUGAGCACGAUGUAUGACAAGUCAUCCAGCAGCAGUCACCUGUCACUGAAGAAGACUGACGAGAGCGAAUACGGCACGGCUACGAAUGGAUCUGCGUCUGAUAGUCUCUUUGAUGCACCGGCACACGUCCUGCCGUCAAUGACGGCGCUGUACCGACCUUUUAUGGAUACGAUGCUGCCAAAGCCGCAUCGGGUUGACAAGAGUGGCGACGCUGCCAAGAAUGUCAACGGUGAAGCAGCCAGCACUCAGAAGAAGAAAAACAAACGGCACAAGAAGCAGCUAGCAGCACAACAACAGCAAGAGAGUUUGGUAGAUAAUUCGAUCCACGGAGACGCAGAGCAGCGCAAGCGCAUCAAGCUUCUGGUAGAGAAAGAGUUGGCGAAUCCCGAGCUGCAACAACAGACGUACUCGAAGCUACUGGAGACUUUUCGCAAGAGUAAGGCGCGUCAAGCAUAA